AUGGCGCUCGCGCUCAGCGCGGAGCCCCUUUGCCUUGCACAUGUUGCAUCGCCUGCAAGGUGGUGGGUCCUGUUGGUGGUCACGUUGAUGAACAUUUUGCAAAGUUUGCUGUGGAACGUCUUCUCCCCCAUUUCAGAGACUGUCAAGCUUACCUAUGGUUGGGCAGAUUCUGAUUUUGCUUGGGCCGUGAACGCUGCAAACGUCAGCUUCAUGUUGGCCUUGGUGCCGAUCAAUAAAUUAUACGACCUCUAUGGUGCUCGUCAGACCAUGCUCCUAAGCACCGCCUCCCUGGCUUUCUGCGGCCUGGUGCGCUGCCUCCCGCUGCGCGGCCAGGGCUUUAUGGUGCUGGUGCAGCUGUCCAUGUUGGCCAAUGGUAUCACAGCAGCCUGGGCCAACAUUGCAGGGCCCUUAAUCUCGGAUCUUUGGUUUCCUGCACGUGAGCGGACCCUGGCGACGGCCAUUGCGGUGACGGGUCCACCCAUCGGCCAAGCGCUGGGCUUCAUCUUGGGGCCCUCCCUGGUGGGUCAUCCGGCCACGGCCAGCAGCGGACUGCCGGCGGUGCAACGGUUGCUGUGGUUCGAGGCCAGUUUUUCGCUGGCGGUCUUCCUUGCUGCCGCCAUCUACUUCCCCGCGAAGCCUUUGGUGCCGCCCUCGGAGUCCGCCGCCAUCAAACGCCACGGCGACGCGGGGGGCUACGAGCGGCUGCUGCCUAGGAGUGCUCAGGCGUGCCGUUUCUGGCUGUUGAACCUCUGCUUUUCUCUUCCCAUUGGUUGCUACCAGAGCUGGGGCAGUGUGCUGAAUCUGAACCUGGCCGGAGUGCAGAUGUCACCGAAGGCUGUGUCCCUCCUGGGAUGUUGGAUGACGCUGUCAGGGGCUGCGGGUAGUAUUGCUGUUGGGCUGAUGACUAAGCGUUUGCUCGGCGCGUUGAAGAGCAUCAUUUUGUUGUGCGCAGGUGUGUCCUUCGCGGGUUUCCUCUUCUUUGCUGCUCUUCUGACCGCCGACGUUCCAUCCAGCUUCGGAACCCUGGCGUUAGGAAGCUCAGGGAUUCUGGGAGGCUUCGGCAUCAACUGCAUGCUGCCCCUCUUCUUCGAGCUGAUCCUCGAGACCGUCUAUGGCUUCGUCCGCGACGAUGUGGCGGCGACCACCACGAUGCUCACCAUGUCCUCCAUCCAAAUCCUGGUGCUGCUGGUGCCUGUGAAAAUCGCAGGCUCGAGCCUUUGGAUGAAUUGGCUCAUGGUGACGAGUGUCUUCCUUUGUUUCUUUGGGGUCUCCCUGUUGCGUGCCCGCUACAGCCGCCUCGCAGCCGAUGUGGGCCACGACAUUGCAAGCCGCUGCGAUCAGAGCGGAUGCUUCUGA